AUGCAGCAUCCCAAGAGUCAUGCUGGUGAGAAGGACUACCCGACCGUGGAAACAGUGCAAGAUGCAGGUCAUCCGGAGACUCUGCAGGCAGGUGACUCCCCACAUGGACAUACCCUGAAGCUCUCCGAGCAUCUAUCUCCUUCUAUGUUCGGGCCGCCGCCAGGACUUGAGAAAGCAUCUUUGCCCACCCUCCUGUCUGGCAAGGCAAAGUCAAGGCGAGCCAGAAGGGAAUCAGAUCCAAAGGUACCCAAAGUGGAUUGUGCUAUCUGCACAAAGGACGGUGCACAGGCGCUUUGCGCCCAGCUUGCAGGUCUUCAAGCACCGUACGUCUCCAACUUCCGCUCGGAGUUGGUGUUGUCCUUGUUACCAGACUUGCCUAGCCUUGCGUGUGAUCCGCACGCCUCGCAAGUGAUCAUGCAGCUUAUCACUCUUGAUGACGAUUUGAGCCUGGAGCUCUGCAAGAAAAUCGUCCGACGCCUUCGCGGUUCUCUUCUGAAGCUGACCAAGGACAAGCAUGGCUGCUGGAUUGUACAGCAAGCACUACAGUGCGUCCCAGCAGAACUCCAUCCUCUGCUAGCUUUCGAGUUACGGGGCAAAGUCUUGGCCUGCAGUCAGCAUUUACAUGGUAAUUUCGUUCUACAAAAAUGUGUGGAGUUGUUAAGUCACGGUGAUGUGGGCUUCAUCGUGGAGGAGCUGAAGAAUCACGCAGUAGAUGCUGCAUCACAUAUCUACUCGUGCCGUGUCUUGCAGCGGAUCAUUGAGCACUGCCCGCACGACAGUCCGGGUAUGACCGAGCUCUUGAAUAACCUUCUUACCAGUGGGCAACUCCAGAAGCUGGCAACGGAUCCCUAUGGCAAUAAUGUUCUUCGUGCAGUCCUUGCACGAGGAAGGCCGAUACAUCUACAGCAGAUUGCGAGGCUUUUCGUUGAUGACUGCAACAUCCUGGCAUACGCACGAAAUAGACAUUCAAGCCUGGUUUUGGAGCGGGUUUUGGAGGCCAUGACAGGGGAGUUUCGGCGCGAACUGCAGGAGGAGAGGGAUGCACUGAUGGUGGCACUACUCGGAGACGAAGCUUCCAAUCCUCCCUUCACGCAAAUGGCUUUGGACCGGUUCGGAAACUACAUCGCGCAGAGGGUCAUUGAAGACAGCCAUGGCACGGAGCAACAAAGGAUUCUCCAUUUGCUGACAGCUCUGGGUCCAAAGCUUCGUCGUGCCGUCAAUGGACGCCACAUUCUACAGGCAGCGCGGAGAAAGUUCGGCUCGGCAUCCAGGGCCAUGCACAAGGAGACGCAGGUCGGGAGCGAGUUGGCGAUCGGCGACUCAGUGUCACCGAUCGUCGCAAUACUUGAAUUCGCCUCCCCGGAGGAAUCUCCAAUCUAUUUGGGCACCUCCUUACCCGCCGCAGUCUGGCUUUUGGUGGAGUUUCAUAUUCAUGGAAUGUCCGAUGGAAUGCUCGGAGCACCGGUCCGCCUGCCCAGCACCAUCAGCCCCACGCAGCUUUUCCGCAAGCGAAGCCCGCAAGUCUGCGAGGCUGAGCCAGAGGCCACAGCGGACCUCGCAAGGCGGACCUUCGGUCUUUUCACCGAGAGUCGGAGAAGGAGAGAACUGAAGGUCAUCACCGUUGUCUUCAUCUCCUUCAGCAAAGGUCGGGAACGCGGGCCUGCGCCGGUUCUUUCUGUAGCGUGCUGCGGCAAAGCUAGCAAAUAUUCGCCCCGGAAGAAGGAGAAGCAAAGAAGGGACAGCGCGGUUGUUAUGUGCAGCUUCUACGAGAAGGGGAAGUGCUCUUCAGAGACCUGCAGGUACGCACAUUCUUUAGAGGAGCUGCGAUGCCCACCGAAUUUGCAGAAGACAAAGCUAUGCAAGUCCUUUCUGCAGGGCAAGUGCGCACAUGGGGAGAACUGUUCGUUUGCCCAUGGAGAUUCGGACCUCCGAGUGACUUCAGGGAUCUACAAGACUCAGAUGUGCAAUUUCUACGAGCGUGGCCAUUGCAAGAAAGGCGAUCGGUGCAACCAUGCCCACGGCGACGCGGACUUGCGCCCUUCCUUCAGUCCGCAGAAGACGCCCGUGCGAGAAAAAGGCCGCAUGGGCGUAGCAGAGACUCCAGAUGCAUGCACACCUCCGAAAGUGGUUCCUGCAGGCGAGGGCGGUCGCAGCCCCAAGCUGGGCCCAGAGUCGUCGAAGAAAGAGCGACUUCCUCUAGCAGAGCUUCUGGAAUCUCAGGCUGGCGCACAGCCUGAUAGCGACAUGCCUUGCCAAGCCAGUGUGUCUGAGCUCGCAGCUUUGGCCUUUGCACCACCUGGGUUGGAUCGAUGUAGCCGCAAUGAUGCCGAUACAAGACCUUCAUUCAGUCCCCAGCAGACACCGAUUCGAGAAAAAGGCUUCAUCGGCUUGUUCCAGACACCAGAUGCGCGCACACCUCCGAAAGUGGUUCCUGCAGGCGAGGGCGGUCGCAGCCCCAAGCUGGGCCCAGAGUCGUCGAAGAAAGAGCGACUUCCUCUAGCAGAGCUUCUGGAAUCUCAGGCUGGCGCACAGCCUGAUAGCGACAUGCCUUGCCAAGCCAGUGUGUCUGAGCUCGCAGCUUUGGCCUUUGUUCCGCCCAUGCCACUUUCUUGGACUACGUACCAUGCAAAUCCUCAUUCCGGAUAUAGCUGUCAGAACCCAACGACUCCACUACGGAUUCUGGAUCCGGUGGACCUGCUUGUCGAUUCGGGACGCUGGGAGGCAUAUCAGCAGGAUUACCUUUGA